AUGCCAUCAACCAGAGCCACACUGUUGGCGAAGUCUGUUGAAAACGACGUCAGAGUUUGGACCGAUCACGGAACUAUCACUGGCAGCCGCAUCAUCGACAGACUCAGUAACCUUUGUCACACAGGCGCGUUUGGGCUGGAGUACCCUGGCCGUAUCAACAAAGACACCAUAGCGCGAAGUCAAGCAUUAUGUAGCAUUCUGUUCUGUGCAAAGAGGAGAUUGCGUUACGACAGACCCCAGUCAAUCAUAGUCACAAAAACACCAACACCACCUGGCAGUCAGGUAAAUGAUCAAGUUGUAUCCGGUUCCUGGCCAGACCAAUGGUGGUCCUGGCUUCUGGCCGGUGCUGAAGCUGCCUUACCAGAAGUUUUAGCCGGCAACUAA